AUGGCUAUCGAAAGUGUUGGUGGAUCCGUUAUAUCUAAGAUAACAGAACUCUCGGUGGAACCAGCAAUAAGGCAAUUCCGUUAUAUGUUCUGUUUCAACAAUUUUCUUCAAGAAUUCAAUGAACAAAAGCAGAACCUGACAUUGGCACUAGAUCGUCUGCAAAAUGCUGCCAAAGUUGCUGAAAGGAAUUCUGAAGAAAUCGAGAAAGAUGUCAACAAGUGGCUGGAAGAUGCAAACAAAGAAAUUGAAGAUGUGAAGCGUUUCGAAGAUGAAAUAGGAAAAAAUGGCAAAUGCUUUACUUGGUGUCCGUAUUGGAUGCGACAAUACAAGCUAAGCAAGGCAUUGGCAAAGAAGAAAGAGACUUUCAGUAAACUCGAAGAGAAAAGCAAAAAUUUUCCAACGUUGUCCCACAAAGCUCCUCUUCCAGAUAUAGAAUUUCUUCCAAGAAAGGAUUUUACACCUUCAGAAUCGUCAAAAGAAGCUUUCAAACAGAUUAUGGAAGCACUCAAAGGCAACAACAUCAAUAUGAUCGGACUGUAUGGAAUGGGAGGGGUGGGUAAAACCACCCUGGUGAAAGAAGCAGGCAGGAGAGUCAAAGAAUUGCAGCUUUUUGAUCAAGUUUUGAUGGUAGCAGUGUCCCAGCAUCCAAAUGUCACCAACAUUCAGUAUCAAAUGGCAGAUAGUCUGGGUCUGAAGUUUGAACAAAGGAGCACAGAAGGGAGAGCAAAACAAGUAUGGCAAAGAUUACAGAAAGAGAAGAAGAUGCUUAUCAUCCUAGAUGAUGUUUGGAAAUAUAUUGACUUACGAGAGAUAGGGAUCGCAUAUGGAGAUGAUCACAUGGGUUGUAAAAUUCUUCUAACAACACUUCUUCAAACCGUAUGUUCUUCUAUGAAAUGCCAGCCAAAGGUGUUUUUAAGAGAGUUGUCUCAAAAUGAAGCAUGGGCUUUAUUCAAAACGAAAGCAGGUUUACGUGAUGAUAACUCUGCAUUGAACAAAGUGGCAAAGGAGGUUGCGAGAGAAUGCAAAGGCUUGCCUAUAGCACUCGUGACAGUGGGAAGGGCUCUCAGAGAUCAGCCUAAAUUUCAGUGGGAAGCAGCAUAUAAACAGCUCAAAAACUCUCAAUUGCUGAUGGAACAAGUUGACGAACAAGAAAAUGCAUAUGCAUGUCUUAAGUUGAGUUAUGAUUAUUUAAAGCUCAAGGAAACCAAGCUAUGUUUCUUACUAUGUUGUUUAUUUCCAGAAGAUUACGACAUUCCAAUUGAGGACUUGACGAGAUAUGGAGUUGUCUGUGGGCUACAUCGAGAUGCGGAGUCCAUUGAAGAUGCAAGGAAACAAGUGUGUGUGGCUGUUAAAAACCUCAAGGAUUGUUGUAUGCUUUUGGGCACUGAAAUUGAAGAACGUGUGAAAAUGCAUGACUUGGUUCGUGAUGUUGCUAUUCAAAUAGCAUCAUCAUCAAAUGAAUUUGAUUUCGUACUAAAGACUGGCACUGGGUUAAAAGAGUGGCCCGGGAGUUUUGAAAGCUUUGAAGAUUGCACAACUAUUUCGUUAAUGGGCAAUAGACUGACAGAACUUCGUGAAGGAUUAGUAUGUCCACAGCUCAAAGUUUUGUUAUUAGAAUUGAAAGAUAGCCUGGAUGUUCCAUCUAAGUUUUUUGAAGGGAUGAAAGCAUUGGAAGUUUUGUCUCUAAAUGGAGGGUGUUUGUCAUUGGAAUCACUUGAAUGCUCAACGAACCUUCAAUCCCUGCAGUUUAUUGAGUGUGAAUGCAAGGACCCCAUUUCGUUGGGAAAGCUGCUAAGACUUAAGAUUCUUGGUUUUUUGGGCUGCUCCUCGAUUGAAGAAUUGCCUGAAGAAAUAGGGGAGCUCGAGAACUUAAGGUUGUUGGAUUUGACAGAUUGUAUGAAUCUAAGAAGGAUUCCAGUGAAUUUGAUUGGAAGGUUGAAGAAGUUAGAAGAACUGUUGAUUGGGGAUGACAGCUUUAAGAAAUGGGGUGUUGGUGGGACAAGCAGAGGAGGAAUGAAUGCAAGCCUAACAGAACUAAAUUCAUUGUCUCAUCUUUCUGUGUUAUCGUUGAGCAUACCAGAGAUCAAAUACAUUCCCAGAGAUUUUUUUUUCCCCAAGUUGCUUAAAUAUGAAAUAGUAUUAGGAGUCAAGAGUUAUCUAGGGUUUCCAUGGUUUUUGAAGAUGAUCGGAAGUUACCAAACCUGCAGAAGAUUGACUUUCCAUUCUAUCAGCGCCACAUCCCUAAAUGCAAAGACAUUUGAGCACUUGUUACCUGGUGUAUCUCAAUUAGAUUUGAGGUAUGUGGAAGGCUUAAAAAAUAUAAUAUGGUCCCCUGAUCAGAUGACCACGCAUGAGCAGCAACAGCGGUUCUUACGGCAGUUAGAAUGUGUUGAAGUAAGUAAUUGUCGUGAUAUGUGUACUCUGUUUCCAGCAAAAUUGUGGCGACCUUUGAAAAAUCUAAGGAGGGUGAGAAUUUUUAAUUGCCAAGCAUUGAAAGAGGUAUUUGAAUUGGGUGAGGUUGCGGAAGUAAGCGAUGAGGAGAAGGUGCUGCUGCUGUCAUCUUUAACGGAGUUAGUAUUGGGAUACUUACAUAAACUCAAGUGUAUAUGGAAGGGGCCUACCCGACAUGUAAGCCUCCAAGGUCUUAUUCAUCUAAAAUUGGAUUCUCUCUUUGAACUCAAAUUCAUCUUCACACCGUCGCUGGCUCAGUGUCUACCACAACUAGAAACACUUGUGAUAUAUAAUUGCAGUGAAUUGGAGCAUAUUAUCACAAGUAAGGAUGAUAAUUAUGAGGGGGAAAUAAUUCCAGUCUCUAUUUGCUUCCCAAAAUUAAAAACACUCUCCAUGGGCUGUUGUUGGGAACUGGAAUAUGUCUUUCCUGUGUCUGCGGCUCCAAGUCUUCUCAAUCUAGAAGCGAUACAGAUUCAAGGUGCCUCUAAAUUAAAGCAAAUAUUUGGCAGUGGAGAAGGAGAAGAUGUACCCACAACAGAUGGAGAUGGCAUCAUCGUGUUUCCUCAACUAAGAAAGUUAGAGCUUUCUAGAUCCGGAUCAAAUCUCAACUUUUUUGGUUCAAAAAAUUUUGCUGCCGAAUUGCCUUCUUUGCAAGAUCUGCAAAUUAUAGGCCACAACCAAUUGGGUAAUUUGUUGGCAAAGCUGCUGGGCUUAACAAAUUUGAGAAGUUUAAGCAUUGAAGAUUGUGAAGGAGUAGAAGAGGUAAUGCAGGUUAGAAGUUUUGUAACUAAUAGAAGAGAUGGGCAUGAACUUUCACUCUUGAGUUUGGAAACAUUAAAGUUGAGCUCUCUGCCUGACUUGAGGAGUAUAUGCAAGGGCCUCAUGCUGAAAAAUUUGACUACUUUGGAGGUGGUUAAUUGCAAUGGACUGAGACAUAUACUCCCAUCCAGCAUGAUUGCUAGUCUGCUUCAACUGAAAGUUCUAACGAUAUCAAGGUGUGAGGAAUUGGAGGAAAUCAUUGCCAAGGAUGAUGAUGACAAGGAUCAGAUAUUGUCAGAAACUCGUCUCCAAUCUUUAUGCUUCCCUAGUUUGUGUGACAUUGAGGUCAGCCAAUGCAACAAGUUGAAGAGUCUCUUUCCAGUCAUCAUUGCCGCAGGACUUCCACAACUAACAAAUCUCGAAGUAAGAGAAGCUCCUCAAUUAACGGAAGUAUUUGGACAGGAUGAUAAAGCUUCACGUCUCAAUGUUAAUGUGGUGCCUAUUCUACGGGGGUUGUCGCUAAAAAAUUUACCAAGCAUCGUCUGCUUCAGUCUUGGAAGUAAAAAUUUCUUAUUCCCACGUCUUGAAGCGUGUGUGGUGGGAAAUUGUCCUAAGAUGGCAACACAAUUCACUGUUGCACCAGAUGGUUCAAUGAGUGCUCAAUCAGAGGUAUCUCAGGUUGUUGAAGCUUCAAGCAGCAGUUGCGCCAUGCCAAGCAGCACCUACAAAAUGUGGACCAGAGAUGGUGGGUGGGAAGAACAAGAUUUUGAUCCUGGCAGCUUCUGCCUGCCAGUGGGAAUUUUCAGACAGUUCCUUGCCGCAUUAUUGCCUUUAGGAUGGAUUCAUCCUGUACCCGUGUCCAAACCCAUUGUCGAGAAGGAAAGAAAGCCAGGUAUGAGUAAAAAAACACAAAAAAAUAUAAAGGGUUACAGGGACACUACUCUGAAUGGUGCUGUUGAGCAGAUGUACACCGAGAUGGGAUCCCGCCACAGGGUUAGGAGUUCGAGCUAUUUGGAAAUAAGGGAAAGAAUUUGUGCAGUGUUUAUACCUAUAGUUGGUAUUAUAGAAGCUGUGGUAUUGAGUUUUACUGCUUGCUUUGAUCACCACCCUCCAUCCAAGAAGUUUCAAUACACCAUUAACGACCUCCGUAGGAUAGUUAGCAAUUCUCUCUUUCCAGUCAAUAAAGUAAAGGCAUUGCUUGGGUUGCUCAAGAAGUUCAGUAGUUUUGUUGUUGAUGAUGGCCUUAUACACAAAGAAGAGCUCAAAUUGGCGCUGCUAAAAAAUCUCCAACAAGUGAAAACAUCAUCUUGCAUAAGGGCUUUACAUGGUUCUGUUACUGUUCCUUCAAAUGGAUUUUUAGAAAAAGGUGGAACUGCUACUUUGUUACUGUUCUUGACUGUUUAUAACUAUUUUUCAGAUCUCUGUUUUGCACUAAUGCUAUACACUACGAAGAGGCUUCUAUGA